GCGCCGGUACCUUUGCCAUUGAGAGUGUCAUAUCUUCUGCCGUCCCGCGUGGGGGUAAGUUCGUGAUCUUCAGUAACGGGUCGUAUGGGGAUCGUAUGCAGAGUGUGGCCGAUUGCUACGGUUUGGAUGUUGUGUUUGAACGCUUUGACGAGAAAACGCCGGUGGAUCUGGCGCGUGUCAGAGAGGUAUUGGAAGAUAAUAAGGAUGCCGCACUGGUCGCAACGGUGCACAGUGAAACGAGUAGUGGACUAAUUAACGACGUGUCGGGAUUGGGUGCUGUCGUAAAAGAAGUCCUCCCCGCCGAAGCCAAAUACUUUGUCGACGCCAUGAGCAGUUUUGGCGGCAUUCCCCUGGAUAUGAGGGAAGCCAACAUAGACUUCCUCGUGAGUUCGGCUAACAAGUGCUUGGAAGGCGUUCCCGGCUUCUCGUAUGUCAUCUGCACACGAGAAGCGCUGGAGAGUUGCAAGGGCAACGGGCGCACGGUCAGUCUGGAUCUGUUCAACCAGAACAAAGGACUGGACGCCAAUGGACAGUUCAGAUUCACACCCGCUACCCACGCAAUGUGUGCUUUCAAUGAAGCGCUGGCUGAGUUUGACGCAGAAGGGGGCAUUGAGGCCCGCUACAACCGAUACAGAACGAACAAUACCAUUGUUCUAGAGGGCAUGCGAGCUCUGGGGUUCAAAUCUUUCCUAAAGGACGAAGAUCAAGGUCCCUUCAUCACGUCGUUCCUAUACCCUGACCACCCCAACUUCGAUUUCAACGAGUUCUAUGAGAAGCUAAACGCCAAGGACCUAUGCAUCUACCCUGGCAAGACUAUUCAAUUUAUAUCUGCAGCUACACUGGCGGUGUAUUUGUAUUGCACUCUCCGCAUCCUCUAA